AUGGCCCAAGUGAUUCUGAUACAAGAACAACUUUCAAAGAAUAGAAUAAUUAUCGAUACUAACAACAAGGGGUGUAUACAAGCGUCUGUCACGAGCAGCACAGAGACAAGAAAAAGUAAAACAUCUAUUGUAAUGGAGAAAGAGAAGAUAUAUUUAAAUUUAAAUCAAUUUUCUACAAAGGUUCCUAUUAUGGUGGUCAUGAAGGCUAUGGGUAUGGAGAGUGAUCAAGAGGUUGUGCAGAUGGUUGGAAGAGAUCCUCGAUACAGUGCACUACUUUUGCCAUCUAUUGAGGAAUGUGCAAGCCAUAAUGUAUAUACACAAGAGCAAGCCCUGGAGUUUCUUGAGAAGAAGGUUAAAAAAAUGCCAUUUUUUAAUGCUCUACUUGAAGAGGAAGGCAGAGCUCUGGGUAUCCUACGUGAUGUAUUUAUUGCUAAUGUUCCAGUGCGGCAACAUAAUUUUCGUGCAAAAUGUAUAUAUGUUGCUGUAAUGUUAAGACGUAUGAUGGAAGCAAUCUUAAACAAAGAUGCAAUGGAUGACAAGGACUAUGUUGGGAACAAGCGGUUGGAGCUAUCUGGUCAAUUAUUAUCUCUACUUUUUGAGGAUUUGUUCAAGACGAUGAAUGAUGAAAUCAGGAAGAACAUAGAUCUCAUUCUAGGAAAGCAUCGGUCUAGUCCAUUAGACGUCUCUCAGUAUAUAGUCAAAGACACUAUUACUGUUGGCCUAGAAAGGACCCUUUCUACUGGCAACUUUGAUGUGAAACGGUUCAGGAUGCACAGGAAAGGCAUGACACAGGUUGUAGCUAGGCUAUCUUUUAUGGGGACAUUGGGCCACAUGACAAAGAUCUCGCCGCAAUUUGAGAAGUCUAGGAAAGUUAGUGGACCUAGAGCAUUGCAACCGAGCCAGUGGGGCAUGCUAUGUCCUUGUGAUACUCCAGAAGGUGAAGCUUGUGGAUUGGUGAAAAACUUGGCCUUGAUGACUCAUGUUACAACUGAUGAAGAAGAAGGCCCAUUAAUUUCUUUGUGUUACUGUUUGGGAGUUGAAAAUUUGGAACUACUCUCUGGAGAAGAACUUCAUACGCCAAAUUCAUAUCUGAUUUUAUUGAAUGGGCUUAUUCUUGGCAAGCAUCGGAGGCCACAGUUGCGAAGGGCUGGCAGAAUUGGUGAGUUUGUGAGCAUCUUUGUGAAUGAGAAACAGGUCCUAGAUAAAAUGCAUGCUCGAGGUAGCGGUCCUCGUGUCAUGAUUACUAGGCAACCUACUGAUGGGAGAAGUCGGAAUGGAGGAUUGCGGGUUGGAGAAAUGGAACGCGACUGUUUGAUUGCUUAUGGCACUAGUAUGUUGAUUUUUGAACGCUUAAUGAUUUCCAGUGAUCCUUUUGAGGUUCAGGUUUGCAGAAAGUGUGGUUUGUUAGGAUAUUACAACUAUAAGCUGAAAACUGGCAUUUGUUCGACAUGUAAGAAUGGGGAAAAUAUUUCUACCAUGAAACUGCCCUACGCAUGCAAGCUCUUAUUCCAGGAACUACAAUCAAUGAACAUUGUUCCUCGCUUACAAUUAGCCGAGGCUUGAUCUUUGGGGUUUGCCUGCUCGUACAAACUGAAGCAAAUGGAUGAUGGGCAAGGUGCUGCACGUCCUUCUGAAGUGCAUUGGACAGGACUUCUCUGUGGAAAUAUGAUCAGGAAUAAAUGGUUUUUCAGCAUAAAAGGGCAUUAUAUAGGACUGAGGAGAAAACAAUCAGACUGGCCUAUCCUUGCAAAAUCUGAAGAUUGGUUCAGCAUGAAUUCCAUUUUUGAUGGAUUUGAGGUUUCAAGCUAUAUCGUCAUUCAUUACAUUGAAUUUGCAGCAUAUUGCAAAACAUAAGACACAUCAAGGCUUUUCUAUGCAUUGCAGCUGAGUUGGUUCAAAUGAAUGUAUAACUAGGUAUCCAUUUGUUGGGAUUGUAAAUAAACAAGACUUUGGUUUCAAAUUAUUCAAUUGAAAGAAAAACAGUAUGGAGUCGAAUCAUUUUUUCUCUUCCUAAAAUUUUAGUGCUAUAUUACUCUUCAAAGAAUAUUCUUGGUCGCUUAGAUGGCUCAGAGAAAAGUAUGUUAAGAAUGUAAAUUUUUGGAAUUUAAAUUUAAAAAAUUAUGAUUCUGUUGUU